AUGGAGGCGUACUCAAACUUACGUUCGAGCAGCGCGGACACACUCGACAAGCAGAAGGAGCACCUGAAGUCUUUGAAGCAGCGGUUACCAUCCGAUAAGGCCGCUUUCGAGAAGGUCUACAAGUACACAUUCCUUCUUGGUAAGAACGCAGGCGCCAAGGCCGUUCCUCUCGACUCUGCCAUCGCAUUCUGGGAGCUGCUCUUCACGUCACCGCUGUCUGCAGUGCGAUGGACCAGCCCGAACUCUCCGUGGUUCGAGUGGUGGACUGAGUUCCUCAAUGCUGAGUGGAAGAAGAGCGUCAACAAGGACAUGUGGAACGAGACGCUCAAGUUUGCCAAGCUCACACUGGAGGACGAGGCGCUUAGCUUUUGGGACGAAUCCUCCUCGUGGCCGUCGGUCAUCGACGACUUCGUGGAGUGGGUCAAGAAGGAGAAAAGGCCGAGCCAGGAAAACGUCGACGAGAUGGAAGAGUAG